AUGGAGAAAAUCACAGAAAAGAUCGCGGCUUUGCCCCCAGAUACCAAUUACUUCUCCCUCGAAUUCUUUCCACCAAAGACCUCAAUGGGUUCUUCGAAUCUACGUGCUCGUCUUGAUAGAAUGUCUCGAGCAUUGAGGCCUUUAUUUGUCACCGUUACAUGGGGAGCGGGUGGAUCUACUGCGACCAAGUCUUUAGAACUCGCAGAGUUAUGUCAAAGGGAUUUGGGCCUCACGACGUGUCUACAUUUGACUUGCACAAACAUGAGUCGAGCAUUAGUGGAUCAAGCAUUAGAAGAUGCAAAGGCAUUGGGAAUCAGAAAUAUAUUGGCUUUGAGAGGCGAUCCCCCUAGGAGUGAGGAAUAUCGUGCCAUUGACGAGAAGAAUGGCGAUACGCCCGCUAUGGAUUGGGAGUUUGAGUGGGCAAUUGAUUUGGUACGAUAUAUUAGAAAACAAUACGGCGAUUACUUUUGUGUUGGAGUUGCGGCAUACCCAGAAGGACAUGCGGAUGAAGGACAUCCAGAGGGUCAGAGCCUUGAACAUGAUCUGCCAUAUUUGGUGGAGAAGGUUCAAGCGGGCGCGGAUUUCAUCAUGACUCAAUUAUUCUUCGAUGUCGACGCAUACGAUGGAUUUGAACAAAAGCUACGAGAUCAUCCAAGUGGCGCAUUUAAGGAUAUUCCUAUCAUACCUGGUAUGAUGCCAAUUCAAAGCUAUCAAAUGAUCAAGCGAACUACGAAACUUAGCCACGCGAAACUACCCUCAACUAUUAUAACAAGAUUGGAUGCGGUUCGAGGAGAUGAUGAGAUGGUUAAGAAGGUCGGAGUUGAUAUUUUGAGCGAAAUGGUCGAACAUUUGAAGAGCACAAAAUCUAAGUACUCGGGUCCUAGAGGUUUCCAUUUCUACACCCUCAAUUUGGAGAAGGCAGUGUCUUUCAUUUUGGAACGAACAGAGCUUAUUCCAGACGCCAAAACAGUCGCUGCUUUGGAGCCAGAAUAUGUUCCUACUAUUCCCGACAUUGCAGAUAUAAUGUCUAUCCAUAGUGGUUCCCACAAACGUAGCUCCAGACGUCGAUCAUCUGUUGGUUCUGAUCCUUAUAAUCGCAUUAUAAUCACUGCACCUCAAACCUCUAAUCCUAGCUUUGAAGCCACAGCACAAGAAGCCGGUAUUCCAGCUGAAGCUGUCAACUCGCGAGCCAAUACUCUUGCAAUUAGUGAAGGAGAAGGUAGUCUCGGUCGAGAGGCUACAUGGGAUGACUUUCCUAACGGCCGUUGGGGUGAUGCUCGUUCGCCUGCCUAUGGAGAGAUUGAUGGAUACGGUGUUUCACUUCACAUGUCUAUUAAUCAAGCUAUCAAACUUUGGGGUCAUCCAAGUUCCAGAGCUGACAUCACAGACAUCUUCAUUCGUCAUCUAGAAGGUCAACUCACCGCCAUUCCUUGGAGUGAGGAAGGCCUCAAUGAAGAAACUAAUUCUAUCAAAAAGCAACUCCUCAGUCUCAAUAAGAAGGGUUGGUGGACAGUAGCCUCCCAACCUGCAGUCAACGGACUCAAAUCCUCAGACUCAAUUUUUGGAUGGGGACCUAAGAAUGGAUUCGUAUUCCAAAAGGCAUUCGUAGAACUCUUCCUUCCAACAGCUGAUUGGAAAACCUUACAUGCUAAACUCACAUCUCCUGAACUCCGAGACACAGUCUCUUUCUACGCCUCAAAUUCUAAAGGAGAUUUCAUAUCCAGUGAUGAAGCAGUCGGAAGUACAAAUGCAGUUACAUGGGGUGCAUUCCCUGGGAAAGAAAUCAUUACGCCAACGAUUAUUGAGGAGGUUAGUUUUAAGGCAUGGGCGGAAGAAGCGUUUGGCAUUUGGGGAGAGUGGGCAAGAGUUUAUGGAAAGGAUAGUGAGACAAGGAAGAUUAUUGAUGGGAUUAAGGAGGACGUUUGGUUGGUUAAUGUUAUUCAUCAUGCUUACGUGGAGGGAGAGGGAUUGUGGGAUGUUCUUUUGAAUUAG